UCUAAACUGGGAUAUCUAAUAUAGAGUCUAUAGAACUCUUCAAUUAAAAAGUUAAAAUUCUGAAGACGGCCUCCGUGAUCGACAAGUUGUAAACCCUUUCCGGUCUUUUUAUGAAAUAUCGUCAUGGCUAAGAAGACGCAAAAGCCAGCAGCAGCAAAGCCUGCUGCUAAAGAAGAAAAAAAGGCAGCACCUCCUCCAAAAGUGGAGAAAAAACCUCCAGCUAAAGUGGAGAAAAAGACUCCAGCAAAAGUAGAAAAGAAGCCAGCUGCUCCACCUAAAAGUGACGGAGGGGUUGUUAAAGCGAAAGAUAAAGCAUUGAAAGCCAAGAAAUCAGUGUUGAAGGGGCAACAUGAUAAAAAAAGCAGAAAAAUCAGGACCUCUGUACACUUUAGACGGCCAAAAACCUUAAAGCUUCCUAGAGCUCCAAAAUAUCCUCGUCGAAGUGUGAACAGAAAUAAUAAGCUUGACCAGUAUGCACUGAUCAAGUAUCCCCUAACAACUGAGUCUGCCAUGAAAAAAAUAGAAGACAACAACACUUUAGUGUUUAUUGUGGACAAGAGAGCCAACAAACACAUGAUAAAAAUGGCAGUUAAGAAGUUGUACGAUAUAGAUGUUUCCAAGGUUAAUACUUUAAUCAGGCCAGAUUGUGAAAAGAAAGCUUAUGUUCACUUGGCUUCUGAUUAUGAUGCAUUGGAUGUUGCUAACAAAAUUGGAAUCAUCUAAAUUAUUGUUGGUUAGCUUAAUAAAUGAUUUAUGAUGAUA